AUGAUGAGCCUACUUCGACGACAGCAAUCGCUAUUGGAGAAAUAUGAACGGCGUUUGCAACGACUACAACGAGCAAACACACCCUCAUCACCGGACAGCCUCGAGUUCCGCAUUAGAGGGACCGACGACGCCCGUCACGGGUUAGGGUAUACAUCGUCGGAUCAGAACGAUGGUGAUACACAACAGGAGACGAUGUCACUUCAAAGUUUUGCAAAGGAACAACAUAGGGCCACAUAG